UCCUCUCUCAGGAAAGUUUUCUCAGCCCGAGUCCCUAGAAAAUUUUCCAUGCAACCACAUUUCUGCAUUUCUAUAAUUGCCAUGUUCCUAUUCCUACCUACACAUAUAUAGCCACAAAUAUUACUAUCACUCGCAUACACACACACACAAGAUCCAUCUCUAGAUAGAUCUUUUCCACGACCAGGUUAACCAAUUCAUUAAUUCAGGAUGGAAUAUCAUCGAUCCAAUGGCAAUGGCAAUGGCAAUGGCAAUGGCAAUGCAAACCUUUGCAAUGGUACCACUGACCCACUUCACUGGGGCAUGGCCGCCGAAGCCUUCAAGGGCUCCCACCUCGGCGAGGUCAAACGCAUGGUGGACGACUACCGUCACCCGCUCGUCACGCUAGGCGGCAAGACCCUCACCGUCGCUCAGGUGGCGGCGGUUGCCACCCGCCACGACGCCGCCGUGCUUGUGAAGCUGGCCGAGGAGAGCCGCCGCGGUGUCAAGGCCAGCAGUGACUGGGUGCUUGAUAGCAUGAACCGCGGCACUGAUAGCUACGGGGUGACCACGGGCUUCGGUGCAACCUCCCACAGGAGAACAAGACAAGGGGGUGCGCUUCAAAACGAACUCAUCAGAUUUCUGAAUGCUGGGAUUUUUGGUAAUGGUACAGAGUCUUGUCACACCUUACCUCACUCAGCUACAAGGGCAGCUAUGUUGGUUAGGAUCAACACCUUGCUUCAAGGAUAUUCAGGAAUUAGAUUUGAAAUCAUGGAGGCCAUCGCCAAGUUUUUGAAUCAUAAUAUAACCCCAUGUCUCCCACUGCGUGGUACGAUUACUGCAUCAGGUGACUUGGUUCCUUUAUCAUAUGUUGCUGGCCUCUUAAUUGGAAGACCAAACUCCAAGUCUAUUGGACCCAAUGGACAAGUUCUUAAUGCUAAAGAGGCAUUUCAACUAGCGGGAAUUGAUGGUGGUUUCUUUGAGUUGCAACCUAAAGAGGGCUUGGCACUAGUGAAUGGCACUGCAGUGGGAUCUGGCUUGGCCUCCAUGGUUCUUUUUGAGGCUAACUUACUUGUUAUACUCUCAGAAGUUUUGUCAGCAAUUUUUGCUGAAGUUAUGCAAGGAAAACCAGAAUUCACAGACCACUUGACUCAUAAAUUGAAGCACCACCCUGGCCAAAUUGAGGCUGCAGCAAUAAUGGAACAUAUAUUAGAUGGGAGCUCGUAUGUUAAGGCUGCACAAAAGUUACAUGAGAUCGAUCCACUUCAAAAGCCUAAACAAGAUAGGUAUGCUCUUAGAACAUCACCUCAAUGGCUUGGACCACAAAUUGAAGUAAUUAGACAUGCAACAAAGAUGAUUGAAAGAGAGAUAAACUCUGUGAAUGAUAACCCCUUGAUUGAUGUUUCGAGGAAUAAGGCACUUCACGGGGGAAAUUUCCAAGGUACCCCAAUUGGUGUUUCAAUGGAUAACACUCGUUUAGCCAUUGCAUCAAUCGGGAAACUUAUGUUUGCCCAAUUCUCUGAACUUGUCAAUGACUUCUACAAUAAUGGCUUGCCUUCAAAUCUAACAGCUAGUCGGAACCCAAGCUUGGAUUAUGGAUUCAAAGGGGCUGAAAUUGCAAUGGCAUCCUACUGUUCAGAACUUCAAUACCUUGCCAAUCCUGUCACCAAUCAUGUUCAAAGUGCUGAGCAACAUAAUCAAGACGUGAACUCUUUAGGCUUAAUUUCUUCAAGAAAGACAUCUGAAGCACUAGACAUAUUAAAGCUCAUGUCCUCCACUUUCUUAGUUGCACUAUGCCAAGCCAUUGAUCUGAGGCAUUUGGAGGAAAACUUGAAGAACACUGUUAAGAAUACUGUGAGUCAAGUUGCCAAAAGAGUUCUCACAGUUGGCAUCAAUGGUGAGUUACAUCCUUCUAGGUUUUGUGAGAAGGACUUGCUCAAAAUUGUUGAUCGUGAGUAUGUUUUUGCUUAUAUUGAUGACCCCUGCAGUGCAACCUAUCCUCUAAUGCACAAGUUAAGACUAGUCCUAGUUGAUCAUGCAUUGCAAAAUGGUGACAAAGAAUCAAAUUCAAGUACCUCGAUUUUCCAAAAGAUAAGAGUCUUUGAGGAAGAGCUCAAGUCUAUUUUGCCCAAAGAGGUUGAAAAUGUUAGGAUUGAAGUUGAGAAUGGAAACCCCACUAUUCCUAACCGAAUCAAGGAAUGCAGGUCUUAUCCUUUAUAUAAGUUUGUAAGAGAAAAUUUGGGCACAACUUUGCUAACUGGUGAGAAAGCCAGGUCACCUGGUGAAGAAUGUGACAAGGUAUUUACUGCAUUGUGUGAAGGAAAGUUCAUUGAUCCUUUGUUGGAUUGUCUUAAGGAGUGGAAUGGUGCUCCUUUGCCAAUAUGUUAAGAUGGUACUAUACUACCUUAUCAAACAUUUUUAUAAAGGAAAAUUUACUUUCAUUUUCUUAUGUUGUAUGUUUUUAUAAAGCUACUAGACAUGUAUUUCAAAAUGUCAUAGGAAAUUGUAUUUUAAUUCAAUAUACGUUAUUUGUCUA